AUGAGACCGAUUUUGCUUGCGGGCCAUGAACGGUCCCUUAACCAGAUCAAGUUCAACCGCGACGGUGACCUUCUUUUCUCGGUAGCCAAGGAUAAGAUUGUGUGCGCUUGGUGGUCCGCCAACGGUGAACGACUUGGUACCUAUGCCGGACAUUUAGGUGCUAUCUGGACUGUCGAUGUUAGCCCCAACACCAUUCUCCUCGCGACCGGCUCUGCAGACAACACUGUGCGACUAUGGAACGUAAAGACUGGCGAGAACGUUAAGACAUGGGAGUUCCCUACAGCAGUUAAGCGGGUCGAAUUCAGUCCGGAUGGAAGCAAACUACUGGCCGUGACGGAGAAGCGUAUGGGUUUCUUGGGUACGAUUGUCGUUAUCGAUGUCAACUACGAUGGCGACUUCACGAACCAGGCUGAGGAGCCCAGCCUGAAAAUCACCUGCAACGAGAGCAAGGCCACAGUUGCCGGGUGGAGUUAUCUGGGCAAGUACAUUAUCGCUGGUCACGAAGACGGAAGCGUUAGCCAAUACGACGGAAAGACCGGUGAACAACUGGAAAACGUCCAGGCGCACGAGUUCGACCAGCAGAUCAACGACAUUCAAUUCUCUCCCGACCGCAGCCACUUCCUUACCGCCUCUAAAGACAAGUCCGCCAAGCUUAUGUCUUCCCGUAACCUUGCUAUCAUGAAAACCUACGUCUCCGAUACCCCACUGAACAGCGCCGCGAUCACAGCCAAGAAAGACUACGUUAUUCUGGGAGGUGGUCAGGCCGCUAUGGAUGUUACCACAACCUCCGCCCGCCAGGGUAAAUUCGAGGCUCGUUUCUACCACAAGGUCUUUGAGGACGAGAUUGGCCGUGUCAAGGGUCACUUCGGUCCUCUCAACACCAUCCACGCCCACCCCGCCGGCACGGCCUAUGCUUCUGGUGGUGAGGAUGGUUACGUUCGUGUUCACCAUUUCGAUAAGCCUUACUUUGACUUUAUGUACGAGGUUGAGAGGGAGCAGUUGAGGCGGUGA